AUGGAGGGCAAAUCGGCAAUCACCAAGCAGCAGCUUCAGAAUCAUCCGACUCCGGCUGGAACUUGGGUGGACUAUUUUCCUUCCAACAUACGUCCUUACUUGUAUCUAGUACGAGCUGACAGACCCGCUGGAACACUUUUGCUAUUCUAUCCAUGCGCAUGGUCGGUCACCAUGACCUGCUACGCGCUCAGUGUGCCGAUCGCGACGGCGUGGACCUAUGUUGGAUUUUUCCUUCUAGCCUCCCUCGUGUUUCGCUCCGCUGGGUGUGUGAUAAACGAUAUGUGGGACAAGAACAUUGACGCUGCUGUUUCACGAACACGCACCCGACCCUUGGCAGCGGGUGAUCUCACGAGAUCCCAAGCGUUCAUCUUCCUUAUUCCGCAGUUGGCCCUCGGUGUCUGGCUGUUCAUGCAGUUGAAUGCAUACAGGUCUGUCAUCUCGCAUUUAUUAUUAUUUCUCUAUCUCACGAUUCUUGGGCUCUCUUCCCUUGGUUUGGUCGUCUUGUAUCCUGCCAUGAAGCGGGUAACCGACUGGCCACAAGCUGUGCUUGCCAUGUGCUUCAACUGGGGAGCACUCUUGGGGGCAGCUGCUGUUGCUGGAGCAGUUGAGUGGAAGGUAUAUAUACCUCUAUAUGUCGGUGCUGCAUGCUGGACAAUCGAGUAUGAUACUUCUUACGCCCGUCAAGACAUGGAUGACGACCUCAAAAACGGCAAUCACUCGACCACGAUUGUUUUUGGAGACAGGAUCCGGCCUAUUCUCUUGAUGUUCUCUUUCGUCGCCUGUUCUCUGGUGGCGUACGCCGGAAUCCUCAAUGGACAUGGCUUCCCAUAUUUCAUUGGUGUGGCCCUUGGGGCACUUCACCUUCUCCGACUCAUCGCCAGGAUUGACUUCAACAACAAGGAGAGUUGCAAUGCUAGUCUCCUCAACAAUGCUUGGUUUGGGUUCUGGGUUUGGGCGGGAGCUAUGACCGACUAUCUUUUGAAGAUGCAGUUAGAUAUACUGUAA